GACCCAUGCCACCUAGUUGAACUCAAUUUGUCUUACAGUCAUCUUCAGAAACUUUGGGGAGGAACCAAGAACCUCGACAUGUUGAAGACGUGUAAGCUUUGUCAUUCCCAGCAGCUGACUGAGGUUGACGAUCUUUGUAAAGCUCAAAAUAUCGAGCUAAUUGAUCUCCAAGGCUGUACAAAACUGCAGAGAUUUCCAGCCACCGGUCAACUACGUCAUCUCCGAGUUGUAAAUCUUUCAGGCUGCACAGAGAUCAGAAGUAUCCCAGAGGUUUCACCUAACAUUGUGGAGCUUCAUCUCCAGGGAACUGGCACAAGAGAAUUACCAAUAUCUCUUGCAAAGUUCAAAGGUAAACUAAUGAGUACACCCCAUAGAUGCAAGUCGGUCACACCAGAGCUUGUGCAAGCAAUAAGAGCAUCGAAAGGUUCGAUUGUCUUGCUCUCAAAGAGCUACGCCUCUUCGAGUAGGUGCUUGGAUGAGCUGGUAGAGAUUAUGAAUUGCAAUAAAGAGCUGGCUCAAAAAGUAGUGGCCAUAUUCUACAACGUGGCUCCUUCCGAUGUUAGGCUUCAGAGUGGAGACUUUGGGAGGGCCUUUCAAACUACGUGCAUAGGCAAAUCAGAGGAUGAGAAACAGAAGUGGGCGCAGGCUUUGGCCGAUGUUGCGUAUAUACAGAAAAGUAAAUCAACUGUAUCUAUCAGAUAA